CUGUAUUUCAGUAGCACUUUUCACAAGCCCUUAGUCCCGGGAAAUGCGGUCCCAUGCUAUUGUUUGAUAAAGGCUUAAUAAAUGACCAAUUGUUACAGGUAGUGACCAGAAACAUGGAUGAAAAUACAGACAUUGCCACCACUGUUAGUCAAGUGGUGGAAGAUGCUAAAAUGCAAGUUUUAGUUAUUGAACGACCAAGACCAUCAUUAUCCUUAUCAUCACUAGUUUGCUUGAUCUGUGAUCGUGUUAUCAAGAAUUCAGCUGAAAACUAUGUUGAAGACCUCUUCCAGGAAUCAAGUGUUACUUCUCAUACACAUCAGAAGCUCUCUGAGGUGCUGUCUUCCAUAGUAAAGUCACCUUUGGAUAGUUCACAGGUUUUUUCGAAAGCCCUUUGUCGUAGAUGCUUCAGGCUUCUCGAUGAACUUGAUAACAUCCAGCAGAGAUCAGUAAUUAUAAAAAACAACAUUGAAGGAUGGUACAACCGCACUCUUCUAAAGAGACUAAAUGUCCCGCAGCCUGCUGAAAUGGGUGCAAUGGAGCUAGAUCCACCCUCUGAAGACGAAGAAUCAGACGAGAGGGUGAAACCGGACCCCAUUGAUGAUAUUGAGGAUGAUGACCCAAUGGGAGAUCACCUUUUACCAGAAGAUCAGGGAAUAACAGCAGAUGAUCCUGAGUUCAACCCAGCAUAUGAUUACGAAUGGAGUAAAGGCCGGAUAAGAGGCCGAGGGAGGGGAAGAGGCAGGGGUCGGGGUAGAGGAAGAGGACGAGGUCGAGGAAGGGGUCGACCUCCAAAAUACCCAAAGUCAGAGGGAGGCAGUGCCUCUGCAAUGGGAGUGUCCUUGGGUGAAAAACUGGGACAACUCGUAACCAAGAUUUUGGGGAAUGAUGCAGAAGAAAGGGCAGCUGAGAGAGAACAGCUAACUUCUACGUCCGACAAUGAGGAAGCAACGGCAAGUGUCAAAGACGAUGGAUCUUCUGAAAAGGUUCUUGUUGAAUAUACUUCUAUCAGCACCCUUAGGGAAGAUGGAGAAUCUGACAAGUACAUGAAACAGUUAUCUAAGAGCUUUGCAACAACUUCAAAAUCAGGAAAAGGAUUAUUUAAAAACAAAAAGCAUUUUUGUAACUUGUGUAGACUUACUUUUGAGUAUGCACAAGAUUACAAAGACCACAUGAAGACUCAUAGCAGCUAUGAAUGUGCUAUAUGUGGCAAACUUGUUGCUAAACGUGGCAUGCUGACACAGCACUAUGUUAAGUUCCAUGGUUUAAAGAUAAAUCCAGAGUCGGAGCAUCUUUGCUGGGUGUGCGGGAAGCAGUACCAAUCUAAAACAGCUGUUACUUAUCACAUUGCAACAGCUCAUAAUGAUGCAAGGUUGACAUGCAAUCAGUGUGAUAAAGUCUUCAAGCACAUAAAAAAUUUAAAAGCCCAUAUGAAGCGUCAUGGGGAAAAAAUGGCAGCUUGUGACAAGUGUUCAGCAAAGUUUUAUACCACCUCAGAAUUAGGGUACCACUAUAAUUCAGUGCAUCAGAAUGCUAGGUGUUGGAAAUGUGAAAUAUGUGGAAGGGAGUUCAGUCGUGCAAGUAUAUAUUCCAGUCAUUUAGAAAAGCACAAACAAAAGACAUACGAGUGCACAAUCUGUUACACACGCUUUAGACGUAAAGCGCAUGUUGAAAUGCACAUGAAACAGCACAACAAUUCUUCAGAUCUUGUGCCUUCUCUUAAAGAUAAGAUUAAAAAAUAUCUUCGGUGUAAUAACUGUAAUGCCUUGUUUGACAGCCAGGAAUUAAAGGACAGUCAUCUUUGUGGUGAACAGAGACCUACUGUGAGAUCAGCAGAAGUUAUUUGUAAUGACUGUCAUGUUACAUUUCCUUCUAAACAUGAUAUGAGUGCACACAUUUGUCGCCAGAAUCCAGGUCCUGUAUUGGUAGAGCCUGCUCAAGUAGGAGAAAAUGUUCAAAUUUACGCUGAACCAGGAAAUAUAGAACCUGGAUCAAUUGGAAUGGGGUCAGAUGAAUGGGAUACUUGUUUUGUGGUGUUUUCUGAAAACAGUGUUUCUGGAACAAGUGAGUUAGUACUUUAGGAAAAGUGAGGUGCCUUGUUUGGCUGUAAUGAAUAUUAACAAUAAGUGAUAUUAGUAACAUGAAAAUGAAAGAAGAAUAUCAGGUACAAGAAUCAUAGCAGAGCACUUCAAGUUUCCAUUCACACUUAAUAAUAACCAAAAAGAUACAUUCAGAUCCUCAUGAUUUAAUUUUAAAACUUGCUCAAAUCUUUUGAUAAUGAAAUCUAGUAUUAUUGUAAAAUGUUAAUAAUUCCUUUAACUACUUUGCUGUGCUAUUCUUUUCCUGCUUAAUAUUCUUUUGUUACUCCUUAUUCCAGUAUUAUUAUUAUUGUUUUUUGUUCAUGCUCUGUUCUUAUCAUUCUUUUUCAUACUUUCCAUUACCCUGCCUUACACUCCUUGGCUUGUUGUUCAUUCAGCUCUGGUGUGUAAGUUUUCCAUCUCUUUUUGUUUUAAUUUCCUUCCUUUCCUCUCACCUUUCACAUUUAUCGUUUCUUCUUUGAGUGCUCAAAAUACAAAGUACGUAGUCGCAUUCACCUGACAUAAGUUAGUGGCAGGUUUGUGUAACCCUGUAACAGUUACUCUUCUUUAAGCUACCAUUUUAAAUGAAAGAAUUGUAACUUUACUGUCAUCUCAGACACAUAAAUUCAUGUCUGGCAUCAAGUUAUUAGCCUAGUAAGAGAAUAAAAUUAUUUCUUUACCACUCUAAUUCAACCUUUGGUUUCAAGUUAAGUUAGUUGUAAGUUAUUGUAACGUAUAGAUUCAAACUGAAAAUUUUAGUUCUUAUUGUAUAUGUGGCAUUUUAUAUACCUGUCAUUUGUGUUUUGUUGUGGUCACUUAUGUACAUAGUACUGUUCUUAGCACUUUGUGAUAUGAGAUAUAAUUUUGCAAUGACUUUUGCAUAAUGUUAUUUUUAUAGAAUAAUUUUAAACUUUUAUACAGAUUUUAAUACAUUUACAAUAAUUUUUUAAAGGACCAUAAUUUACCCUGAUGUUUACAUUAUUAUUAUAUUAUUAUUAUUUUUGCUAUACAAUAUUAGGGUUAUACAAGAAAGAGUUGGGGCAAUAAUAAUAUUUUGUUUGGCAAAGAGAGGCUUACCCCAGGUGGUAAUGCCCUUGAACCCUAUGGUAAUUAAGACACUGGAAGUACAAAAAAAAGGAAUACUAUGUAUAAAGAUAGACAGAUAGAUAAAUUGACCAUUAAAAGGGAAAUGUAGUGGAGUGUAGGUGACAUCAAAAUUAUGAUGAAGAUAAGCUAAUCAACACUAGGUGAAAGAGUAGGUGGGUCAUUGUCAUUAUAACUAUCAAAUAUAGUUUAACCAGACCACUGUAUCAUGUCUGCAGACUUAUAAGGCUGUCCCAAAGUAUUUGUUCUUGAAUGGUAAGAACAGUAAGUAAAAAUUCAAACAAGGCAAAUUGACACUGACUGCUAAGUAAGCACCAAGGAGAAUGGAUGAAUAAUAUGCAAAAAGUUAAGAAGCUAGGGAUGAAAAGAUGCUGUAAAGAACGAAAAGUAGCUUAUAAUGUACUGGGAUUGGAAACCAUCACCAUAAAUGUGGUACGUAUUUUGUACGAUAAACAGUGAGCAUAAAACAAGCAAGAUCAACGUUUGUUGAGGGAUUGUACAUUUACAUGAGAAGUGAGCGUAUUGGUUAAAACAUACCUGGGAAUCUAGAUGACACAUGCAGGGAGAAAUUACUUCCCUGUGGAUGACAGAAAAAGAUGGGUUUUCUUUGGAACUUUUGGGGCACUAAUAGGCAUACAUAUGAUUAACUGGUUUUUAUGAAAAAAGAUUGUUGUAAAGUGGUUUUACUCUUCUUUUUUUUCUAGUUUAAAGCUAAUUUUCUUGAUCAAGUUGAAAAAUUAGACAAAACAUUUUAGUAAAUAUAAAGUUGUUAUUUUGCACUUUCUACUUUAUCCUUAUUUUUCUUUUUGUGGAUGAAAAGAAACAAUGAUCUGUGGUUUUAUUUUGCUCAAAGGCUGUAAGUUUUUUAAGCUCAGAGCGUUUUAUGAUGAUGUGCUUUGGUUCAUGAUACUCAACAAACAGUCUGCAAGUGUGACAGAUGUGGACAAUCAAAUUUUACCUAAGUAUUGGUCUUAUUGGAGUGUCCUUUCAAUACUUAUGAUAUGGCUCCCAGGAGUUAUAUAAUUUUUAUUUAUACAAAAUCUAUAUUAUUAUUAUGUAAAUUUCAUAUAGAAGUCAUGUGUUAUAUAAAAGUGCUGCAAGCCUUUAAGCUUCUUUGAACAUUAUUGACUUGUAUACAUGGGCUGUGAUCAUAACUUUAUUGUAUAAAGAUGGAGAAAGGUUUGAGUGACGCCAUGUUUUUUCUUUUUUGUGAUUCACUUAUUGGGGAGAAGUCCUAACAGGGAAUUCCAAUAAUCUCUCUCCUUUUGUUGUCAUUUAAAAUCUAAAAGUCCUACCUCUCAUCUUAUAUUAAGGGCAGUUUUUGAAGAAGCCUAACUGUAUAUGUGAAGGUGAUACAUAGACCGUUUUCUGAAGGUAUCAUUG